UUUGACAACUUAUAUGAAUAUUCUCUCUAUAACCACCCUUCCCGCAAAUUCUUCAUCAUUUUCAACCUUAUACUAGAAAAGUACUCCAAGGUAGGAAGAAAAAAAUGUGUACUAGUGAUAUGGUUAUGGAUCGUAAACAAGUUGUUAGUAAUAUUUCAACUUUGCUUGAGUUAUCUGCAUUUGAUGAUCUAGAAGGGUUCAAGUCAAUAGUCGAAAAAGAUGGUUUCGAUGUUGUAGAUAGUUGUGGUUUAUGGUAUGGUCGAACAAUAGGUUCAAGAAAGAUAAGACUUGAAGAAAGAACACCACUUAUGAUUGCUUCAAUGUUUGGUAGCAAAAAUGUUUUGAAAUAUAUUUUAGGAAUUGGUCGUGUUGAUGUAAAUAGAUGUUGUGGUUCUGAUAAGGCGACCGCUUUACAUUUGGCUGUUGCUGGUGGUUCUAAUUCAUGUGUUGAUGUUGUCAAACUUUUGAUUGAUGCUGGUUGUGAUGUUAAUUGUUUAGAUGUAAAUGGGAAUCGUGCAGUUGACUUGGUUCCUUAUGCUUUUGGUACUAGUUUUAAUUCGAGAAAGAAGUUUUUGGAACUUAUGUUAAAUGGUUACUCUGAUAAUGAAGAGUUAUGUGUGUUGAAUGAACUGAUUGAGAGUCAUAACGAAAUAGAAAAGGUUUCGCCUAUUUUGGUUAAGAAAGAGUAUCCGGUUGAUCUUUCUUUACCCGAUAUGAAGAAUGGGAUUUAUAAUACGGACGAGUUUAGGAUGUAUACUUUUAAGAUUAAGCCGUGUUCAAGAGCUUAUUCUCAUGAUUGGACUGAAUGCCCAUUUGUUCAUCCUGGUGAGAAUGCUAGAAGACGCGACCCACGAAAGUUUCAUUAUAGUUGUGUACCUUGUCCUGAGUUUAGAAAAGGAUCUUGUAGACAAGGAGAUAAUUGUGAAUAUGCUCAUGGGAUUUUUGAGUGUUGGCUACAUCCUGCACAAUACCGAACUCGUUUGUGUAAAGAUGAGGUUGGUUGUAAUAGAAAAGUAUGUUUUUUUGCUCAUAAACAUGAAGAGCUUCGCCCGUUACACCCUUCAACCGGCUCUGCAGUACUUUCUCCAAGAUCUUUAGCUGAUAUUUCGUCGAUUAGUCCUUUUUCUCUUGGCUCACCGUCUGUUAUGAUACCCUCUAGUUCAACACAACAACCCCUUUGGUCAAACCAAUCAUCACCAACCAUGAAGGUGUUCAAUAACAGGUUUAGGACAACACCAAGUGUUCAAGAUUUGGACUUCGAAGCUGAGCUGAUAAAAAUGGAUCAAUAUCGUCAGCAACAGCUAUUAGACGACUUUGCACGUCUAUCUCCACCUUUUUCUAGCGAUUAUGUUGAAGAAUAUGGCAUGCUGACCGGAUCCAGAACUAGCCCGUUGCAUCAAACCAUGAAUUAUUCUUCUGCAGGGCUUCCAUCUUCACCACUGAGGAUGUCUUCCUCGUCCUCGUUUGGACCCAAUCAAAUCAUGAACUCAAGAUCAGCUGCUUUCGCAAAGAGGAGUCAGAGUUUCAUUGAUCGUGGUUCAGUCAACCGUCAGUCAACUAUGGCGCCGUCCAAGCUUUCAGACUGGAGUUCUCCUGAUGGGAAGUUGAACUGGGGUAUCCAAAAAGACGAGCUCAACAAAUUGAGGAAAUCUGCUUCUUUUGGAGUACGUAGCAGUGGCACAAGCUACGGGUCACCAGGGACUAAUGCUACAUAUGACGACGGACAAAAGUUCUCACCUUGGUUGGAAGAGCAAAUACUUAUGGAUCAAGAGCAACUAGUAGCUUGAUUACACAAAUUUGGUUACUUUCUAAACCUCUUUUUAACAUGAUGUAUCGUUCUUUUUAUGUGAAUUUAACUUUUAUAUCUCUACAAAGAAUUGGGGGAAAAGAGCUAAAAUACACACAAUAGCCGAUUUGUUUUGACAGACUAGAAGAUUGAAAGCACCAUCUGAAUAUAUCUACAUAUUCUUCAAGUUUAGUCUCAUUUUUUUCUGUACACAUUUGUAUUUUCGUUAUUGAUUUCAUAUGAAUAAUUUACGCCAAUAAUCUUCAAAGAUUUCCUCUUGUAGUC